UGUUGAUAUACGAUCUGGAAUAACAAAAACCGCAAGGAGGUGGUCAGAUGAAAGUAUAUUUGGCAACCGAGCUUAUUUUUUAUUCGAGGGUAAUCCUUGGGAACUAAUUAUUCGGAAUAGCCAAAUAUCAGACACCGGGGUGUACAGAUGUCGGGUUGAUUUCAUCAAAGCACAAACCUACAAUAGUCGAGUUAUGUUAAUAAUAAUUGCGUUGCCUAAAGAAAUCAUCAUAAGAGAUGAAAAUGGUUUUAAACGCUCAACAGUGGCUGGACCAUACAAUGUAGGCGAUUUCGUGAUACUUAAAUGUGAAGCCAUUGGAGGUAAUCCCACACCCGAUUUAGCUUGGUUUUUUGAAGACUUAAAUUUGGAAUACGAAAUGGCUACUGAUAUUCUAAACAAAUCUGUUCAAAGUGUCAUUAAAUUCGGACCUUUAAAUAGAGAGCAUCUAAAUGGACGGCUUACUUGUCAAGCCCGUAAUCACUUAAAAGCUGCGCUUGUUCAGGCUAUUGUACAAAUCGAUAUGAACUUUCCUCCGUUGAGUAUUCGUUUACUUGGCGCACACCAGCCUCUUUCUGCCGGGCGCCGUUAUGAUCUAUUGUGCCAAAGUUCUGGAGGGAGACCACCUGCAGUUAUAACAUGGUGGCAAAAUAAUAUACGUCUGGAAAAAACUACCGAAACUAUAUCAAGCGAUGGGAACCAAACUACGAGUACAUUAUCAAUUAUUUUCGAGAAAUCUGAUUCUGGCAAAUUCCUGUCCUGUAAAGCAUAUAACCUUGCUAAACCAGUAAUGCCAUUAGAAGACGGAUGGAUUCUAGAUAUACAGUAUAUUCCGGAAGUUCAAAUACGACUUGGAACAUCUUUAAAGCAAAAUACAAUUAGAGAAGGGGCAGAUGUCUAUUUUGACUGUGUAAUAAAUGCACACCCAUUCGUUUACAGAGUUGAUUGGCGUCAUAACGGUUACGUAUUACCAACUAAUAUAUCACAAGGUGUUAUCAUAAGCAAUCAUUCAUUGGUUCUACAAGGUGUUAAUAAAGCAAGUGGUGGCAACUUUUCGUGUAUUGGAUAUAAUACAGAAGGAGAAGGACAAAGCCCUGUUUUCAACCUAGACAUCUUAUACGCUCCGAUCUGUUUAUCAAAUCAAUUAAAAGUAUAUGGAGUUGCAAAACAUGAAAAUGUGAAUGUCACAUGUACGGUAGAUGCGAACCCACCUAUGGUGGAUUUUAACUGGAUUUUCAAUAACUCCAUUGAGAGUAUAGACGUCGCUACGAAUCAUAUUUCGAAAACAGGAUUAAUGUCUACCGUGGAAUAUACGCCACUUACAGAGUUAGAUUAUGGAACUUUACUUUGUACCGCUGCAAACAGUAUAGGACGUCAAGUAUCUCCCUGCAUGUUUCACAUUAUCCCUGCAGCAUGUGUUUUGCGCCCUCGGCUACUCUACCAGCAGUAUGCGGAAAUACUUGCAACAGCAUAAAAGUGUAAUACUAGGCAAAAUAUUCGCCUAGGGGGCCCAGGAUGAUUAAAUGAGUUAAGCAUCCACCCACUUUACCCGGAAAAAACUGGCCCAUCCUAAUAAAGCAGGGCAAUUCACCACAGUUCGCAACCCAUUACCAAUACAACUCACCCCACCAGUACCCACUCAACAAAAAGGAAGGGCAACGGGAAGGCAGAUUCAUUCGUUCUAAGCACUUCGUUACAUACAAUUCGUCACAUAUACUGCGAAAAUCAACUCUCCGUUGACAACACCCGUCCCGCGCGCGAUAUUAAGCUUUUCGGCUCCUGCGAUCUGGCGCGCUAUCGAUAUACGCAUGUUUAAGUUGGUUACCCAAAUAACUUAAACAUUUAAUCUUAAUAAAAUAACAUUUGUAAAAAUAUUAAAAUUUCUUAAUAAAUUACAUUGUAUUAUACCACUCAA